UUGCUUCCUCGCUACGCAUCCCAGCUCCUUUGCUUUCCGCUGCGUGCUGCUCCGCAUGGCCUUGCGAGGAGCUCCGCUGCAUGCUCCUACACCGCCCCGCAAGGCCGCUCCUUGCGCGUUGCAGCAAGACUCACGGCCACCGGCGCUACUUUUCUCAUCCCAAUCACCGGCGCUGCAAAGCCGGGACCACCGUUGCUUCUCAUCCCGGCGGCACCGGCGCUGCUUCUCACCCCGUCCACUGGCGCUGCAAAACCAGGGGUUGCGUCCCCGUGGAUGUCGCCACGGCGGCCGAGCUGCAGUGCAGCAUAAGCGACACCUGCAUAUCUCACCGGCGGCAAAUGCUCCAAUGCAGUGUCGUCAUGGUGGUGACCACGGUGCUAGACUCGCCGACGACGGCAGAUGCUGCAUCGCAGCGUCGCUCGUGGUGGACACCACGGCGCUAUCCUCACGCGACGACGGAAGAUACUGCAACCUGCAACGCAAUGUCGCUCCCCGUGGUGACCAUAGCGCUGCAACUCGUACCGAAGGAUCCCACCCUCGGCGGCAAUGGAGCACCGCCGGAGGCGUUGAAGCUUCAAUGGAGCGCCGUGGGGGCUGCAUUGGAGCGCCGCCGGAGUUGCAAUGGAGCACCGCCGGAGGCGUUUGAAGCAUGCAAUGGAGCGCCGUGGGGGCUGCAGUGGAGCGUCGCCGGAGUUGCAAUGGAGCACCGUCGGAGUCGUUUGAAGCUUGCAAUGGAGCGCCGCCGGAGUUGCAAUGGAGCACCGUCGGAGGCGUUUGAAGCAUGUAAUGGAGCGCCGUGGGGGCUGCAGUGGAGCGUUACCGGAGUUGCAAUGGAGCACCGUCGGAGUCGUUUGAAGCUUGCAAUGGAGCGCCGUGGGGGCUGCAGUGGAGCGCCGCCGGAGUUGCAAUGGAGCACCGGAGCUGCAAUGGAGCUUCGUCGGGUCAUCGUCGGUGCUGCGAUGCAGCUGUCGCUGGCGCUAAAGUGAAACGGCGUCGGCGGUGAUGCAAGUGUUGCUAGGUGUCGUCGAGUGCAUGCUGCAAGGCAGGGCCGCAGAGGGCAUCGCCGGUGCGCCGCCGUGCUGGUAGGCAUGCCUGGAGCGCAACCUUUGGGGCGCUGCAUGGUGAUGCCUGCAGAGGAAAGUGUGCGUGGAGGGGGAUUCGCGAUCCAAGAGACAACAAAGCGAACGGCUAUGAUAUGAUAUACACGAUCGAACGAUUGUCAAGGCGGCUUAUAGGUGCGAGCUAUUAGUCGGCUUACGCCUAGCAUCGGCCAUUGCGAAACGAUUGAAGCUAAUGAGUCGCCCUCAAUUUUUGCAAGGAAUUGAAGCGGAUGAGUUUGGUAGGCCUGAGUAGUCCGUGGUCGAGAAGGGAGCAUGACAGUGAAGAUCAGCAACGUUUAUAGGCAUCUACGGCGGCGGCAAGUGGUAGUUGUAUACAGCCGCUGGUCCCCAAAUCGAGCUCAUCGCCACGCAAGAUGGAGCUUGAGGCCGCACCUAAACGACGCUGCCGCAUCUUGCAACACCUCCCUGGUGCCCCCGCUUCAGCUUCGCCUGGCCACGACGCCGAGGCACCUCCGCACGCCUGCAACUCCUCCCCGUUGCCCCGCUUCAGCUUCACUCGGCCACGACGGCGCCUCGCUGCUGCCUCGCCACAACUUCGCCCGGCCCUGCUGCCGCGCCUGGAUGGAUGACACAACCGCACGCCCGCAACGCCUUCCUGCUGCCGCACCGGCACCGAAAUUUCGCCCGGCCACGGCACCAACAUCAGGCUGGAACAUCGUUAGCGCCGGCGGACAUAGUCUGCAUUAACUGAAUGUGGCGAUGAAGACCAAAAGAUGCCGUCGCUCCUUUUCUCAUUUAAGAAGAACUUAUUUUAAUAAUAAAUGAUAAAACCCCAAACAGGAAUGGAAGAACGAUGUAUGGUUGUUUCUUAUCCUCUUUAUUUUAUUAUUACUGUAGCUUGAUUUGUAUAAGAUGGUUCAUCACAUUGUUUUGUUUCUAUGCCUGCUUUUUGCAUAACAGAUUAACUGUACUGGUUACACCUUGAGAA